CAAGAUUUCUUUCUUCUCUCCGGCUGUGACAUGAUCGUGAUCGAAUUGUAAUUUCGAAAUGAAAAUUCCUUCAACUUGAAGCGUUAAUUCACACAUUGUUCUUAAAAUUUUUAUACGAUGAGUGAUCCUAGAAUAAAGCAGUUGAAAAUAAAAACAGGCGUAGUGAGAAGGUUAGCGAAGGAGAAAAUAACCUACGAAAAAGAAGCUGUACAACAAAAAGAUAAAGUAGAAAAACUCAAAACUGAUAAUGGUGAUUCUUAUCACAUCAAGAAGCAAGAAGAAGUGCUGCAGGAAUCUCUGAUGAUGAUACCUGAUUGUCAAAGAAGACUUGCAAAGGCAUAUGAAGAUCUCAAGAAUAUAAUCGAUAACGAAAAAGAUUUGGAAGAAUCGGAGGAAUUCGCAACAGCUAAACAAGUGUUGGAAGAAGCAAAACUUCAAUUAUCUGAUUAAUUGCCAUUACGUUAUUUUAUAUUUGAACUGCUGCAGUGAUGAAUAAUUUAAGCAACCCUUAUACUUACAAUAUUGUAACCCCUCAUAGUGUAACCCAGAGUGAUGCGAUGAACUUCCAGUUUGGUUUUCCAUUUCCUGGUGCCAGCAAUUUUAAUAAUAUA